AGAUUUUUAAUAACCCCAAAAAAUCCAGGUUGACAAAAAGAUGAAGCUCACGCUGGAGUGCUGUUUAACCAACUAAAACUGAAAAUGGCGCUACCAAUCUACACCCCAUCUUAUUUGGCUAACACAGUCUAUCACCGCCACUCCCUCUUCCCAAAACCCAAAUUUUCAAUCAAAUCCAAGAAGCCCACCGUCGACGCCGACCCCACUCCAGACCCCACCUCCUCUUCCAAGAAGGCCGUCGUACCUGGCCAAGGGUUUGGCUCCUCACCCUCCCAAAGCAGCGGCAGCAACAAAAAGAAGCCCAAGGGAAAAAGAGAGAGGGCUUCUAUAAUAAGGCGGUCGCCUGUUGAGAAACCUGCUUUCCUCACCAAAGAGGAAGAGGCUAAGGCUGAGGAACAGAGGAAAAAUGAGAGUGCUUUUCUACUGGCAUGGUUGGGGCUUGGUGGGAUCAUUCUUGUCCAAGGCAUUGUUCUUGCUGCUUCAGGCUUCCUACCAGAAGAAUGGGAUAAGUUCUUUGUGAAGUACUUGUACCCAUCUUUCACCCCAACUGUUAUCUUAUUUCUUGCUGGAACUGUUGCGUAUGGAGUGUUGAAGUACCUGGAAAAUGAGAAACUUAAGGACCAAAAGUAAAUAGUUAUUCGUAUAAUACUGUAAGAGUGGACUGCUGUCUUGAAAAGAAAGUGAGCAUUUGUACAUUUCUGCAGGCAGAACUUUCAGUUUUAGUGCUUUCCUUGUGAAGAAAAUUGUAUUAACCAGAAAUGAACCUCAUGCAAGGAAUAUUAACCAUCCUUAUUAGUGAUCUGCUGAUGCAGCUGUGUCUUAAUUGGCCAUUGAAACAGCUGCACAAAUUGUGCGUCUUAAUAAAUGCAACUGUUUUGAUUCUAUUA